AAUAUACAAAAAGAAGCAUAUAGGUUCCAAGGAGAAAAUUGGAAGAGAUUGGUGUAAAAAUAUUGUUGUUCGUUCUUUUUCUUCUAGUUAGAGAGUCCACUCACCAAAGUGCAGCUUCCAUGGCAGCAUCAGCAUCAGCAUCGAACUCUGAAGCAGAAAUGAAAAAGGAAGAACUACCAAAAUCCAUGGAAGAACCACCAGAACAAGAACAUCCCCACCAUAACCAAUCAGAUGAAGGCGAAGACGACAACGAAUCCCAUCUCCAUCUCUCUGCCUGCUCUUCACCUCCUCAUUCCCUCUCCACCAACAAAGAUCCCUCGCCGCCUCUCCACUCUCCCUCCAUCUCCUCCGAUUUCUCCGAUCACACUUGUCACUCUCCUGGAAACUCCUCCAUCGACCACGCCCUCUCCAUUACACCCCUUCAGGACUUACACUUACCUCCCUCUGCUAAUUCUCCAUCUCCAAGACCUGUAGCAGCCAACCGCGCGCAGCCGUCUGAGCCGAUUGUUGUGACCAAGGUAGAUACUGAAAUACAGGGAAUACGGAAAGUGGAAGAGGUUAUUGAUAGUGAUGGCGAUGUUGAGAGUGGCGAUGGAGAUGAUGGAGAUGGUGGUAAGGUUGGGCGAGGACGGAAAUUGAUGGAGACUUUGUCGAUUAAGAAAAUUAAGAGGGAGGAAUUGAGGAAGAAGAUCUUGUUAGGGUUUAGAAUUUGUGGAUUUGCCUUCUGUUUGGUAUCGGUUUCGGUUAUGGCUUCUGAUAAGGAUCAGGGCUGGGCUUUGGAUUCAUUCUAUCGCUAUAAGGAAUUCAGGUACUGUAUGGCAGUCAAUGUUAUUGGAUUUGUUUACUCUGCACUUCAAUCCUAUGAUCUUGUCUAUUUUCUCUCUACUGGAAAACACGUGAUCCGUAAUCACUUCAAGCAAUACUUUGAUUUCUUCAUUGAUCAGAUAAUAGCAUAUCUUCUUCUAUCAGCUUCGUCUUCGGCUGCCACCCGAAUCGAUGAUUGGCAAUCCAAUUGGGGAAAGGACAAGUUUCCAGAUAUGGCUACCGGGUCGUUGGGAUUUUCCAUUGUUGCGUUUGUAGCUUUUGCCUUGAGUUGUAUAAUCUCUGGUUAUACUCUAUGUAAAUCUGCUUAGGUAACUUUUGCUGGACUUGCUUAUUGGCGAACUUUAUUCAAUGAUGAUGAUACCAACAAACAAACAAACACAAUGGUGAUGAGGAUAUACAAGAAGAUUAGUUUCAACAUUGUGCUGUGAAUCAGGUAUGCUUUCACUUGAAAAAUAUAUUUGUGAGUUUACUUAAUUCUUUGUAAAUAAGAUGAAGAACACUUGUUGUGCACUUUGAAUCAUUACAAGGUGAAAAGGAAAGAGUGAAUAGGGAAAAGUUAGAGAAAGUUAUUCAAUGUUUUCAUAAAUUGCUAAAAUGGAGAAAGCCAUGACUCAGUUACAUGAUUUACAAGUAUCCAAAACAAGGGUAAGUUAAUAAUAAUAAAGACGUUUUUGGUUGACAA